AUGGAAGGUGCGCGGCCGAAGAAAGUCGUGCGCGUGACGAGGGCGGGAGCGUCGGCCGGCAGCGGUGACGCCAGCAGUGCCCCUCCCAGCAAUUCACCCAACAACACCGCCAGAAAUACAGACUACAAGACCAACGACGUCGAUGAAAACAAGAACGGCACUCCACGCGACCAGCCGGUGGAGACGCCGCGUUCCACACGCGCAGACGCAACACCGGUAGGCCCUACGCAGGUCGUGCAGACAGUCGAGGAGGGCAACGCGCUGGUAAAGCGGCUGCGGCAGCUGGAGAGCGAGAACGCCUCGCUGUCCAACGCGCUCACCAAAGUUUGUGAUGAGAACGUGAAACUCGCCGGACACGUGUCGCAGCGAGAGGCGAGGUAUGCUGAGCUCGUGAGCGCCCCCUUAGCAUCGACGUCGGUGCUGCACUCCCUCUUCGAGCCCGAAAAGACGGGAUGGUUCGGCGGCUCCAAGUCAGCUGCGCGCGAGAAGUUAGAGCAGCUGGCGGAGGAGCUGCAAAGCGAGUUCUUAGAGUACCGCGCAAGCCACGCGUCCACCAACGACGAGGUGCAGGCGCUCCUUGGUGAGCUGCAGAGCGCGCACGCGAACGCGCAGAAGCUGUCGGCCAUUGUGCAUCAGCAGCAGGAGGCAAUUUCCCGCGGGCCGCUGGCGGUCACUGUCCGCAUCGCUUCUGGCGAGACGGAUGUGGAGAAUAUCUCGCUUGCCGACCUCCGCCACGAGUUGGAGCGGCGCAAAGAGCUCGAAGAAGAGCUGCGGCAGGAGCUUCGCCGCGCCCGCGACGAGCUGCAGGCGAAGACAGUGGAGAUCGGCCGUCAGCAGCAUGAGCUCCAGGCGCUGCGUCCAGCCGGCGGUCUCGUCAGCGAGAGGGAGCAGCAGCACCUGACCGAUGAGAUCGCGCGGCUGGAGGCGCAGGUGACGCAGCUGCGCGACGCCCUCGCCACGGAGGAGCAGCUGCACGGGAUCAAACUCAAUGAGAACAAGGGCCUGACACAGCGUCUGAAGGAGAUGGAGGAGCAGUUGCGUAUUGCGACGUCGUCAGCGACGGAGCCGCCCGCGCAGAAGGAGCCAUCUCUACCUGCGCCGUGUAAGGAGUGCGAGGUGCUGCAGCAGGAGUGCGAUGCCGCACAGGAGCGGGUUAGAACCCUCAACCGUACGAUACAGCGGCUGGAGGCCCAUCUGGCGGAGGUACAGCAGGCGAAUGAGAAGGAGGUGGAUGAGCUGCAGCGCGCCAAAUCGCAACUGGAAGAGCAACUGAUGAGUCGCGUCCCCCGCACCGACCUCGCUGCGGCGGAGAUGCUGAACAAGAACCUCCAGCACGAGCUCGACAUGGCAAAGGCGCGGGUAAAACACGUAGAGGGACUGCUCGAACGUGAGAGGGGGAGCAGCAGUCAAAAUAUGCAGGGACCGAGCAGCGGCAGCGGGACGCUCGACGAUGCGAAAGUGCUUGAGGCACUGGAGCGUAACAAGGAGCGUAUCUCCCGUCUCGAGUUCCAGCGGCAGCAGCUGACAGAUGAGGCCACUCAACUCCGCGAGGCGGCCUCAGCAAAGGAGGAAGAGUUGGUUCGUGCCGCACGCGCCACACAGGAGGACAAACAGCGCAUCAAUUUUUUGUUGAAGCGGUGUGUGACACUGACGAAUGAUCUAAAGAGCAUCACUGCUGCGAGGGACGAGCUGAGCGAGCAGCAUGAACACUCGCAACUAGAGCUGAGCAAACUUCGCCGGCAGGGACAAGAGUUGGUGACACUGCAGCAGCGCAUUGACGACCUGAAGCAGAAGAACGAAGGCCUGCAAAGCCGCCUCUCCUGCGUUGAGGAGCUGGAGAACGAGCUGGUAAAGGCGAAGGAGACGGUUGCGUAUAUGGAAUUGGCGCAGAGCCGUUCGAUCAACAUGAGCCAGUUUGCUGAGUUGCAGGCGAAGAACACCAAACUGGAGAACACACUGGAGCCGAUCAAGCGACAGCUGGAGGAGGCAAAGAAGGAGUUAGAGCGUAUUAAGACAGAGAACGAGAGCCUCCAUGCGGUGAUGGCACGGCAGCAGAACGCCAUUAAGACACACGAGGAACAGGCGGCUGCGCUACACGCCAAUGAUGCGAAGCUGCGCGAGAAGAUGAACCAGCUGAGCGCCGACAAUACGCGGCUGCGCGGCAUGAAUGACACGCUGGAGGCGCAGAUGUCGGAUAUGCAGGACGGCAUCAAGGAGAUGGCGGUGAAGCUCGAGCAGGAGCGGGGGAAGGCGCGCGCCGCCGCGGAGACGACAUACAGGGGUGAGAUUGCGCAGCUACAAGCGAAGCUCAACGUCGCUAAUGAGACACUCGCCGGCGUGCGGAGUGCGCAGGACGCGUUCGUGCCGCGGGGCAUCCACGAUGCCCUCGCUGUGGAGAAGGAGCGCCUGGAGGAGGACAACAAGCGCAAGGUGUUCGACCUCGACAAGCUCAAGUCGGAGAUACUCAUCUAUCGCCAGACCAUCGACGACCUCGAGGCGGAAAACGAGGAGCAUCUGCGGCAGGUCGAAGGGCUGCAGUCGACGCACAAGAAGGAGCGCGCCGCCACCGCCGACCGGCUCACAGCGGAGCAGAAGAAACUUGCCGACGCCAACAAGGAGCUCGACGGGCUGCGGACACGCGUCGAGGAGAUGACGCAGCGCGAGGAGCGGCUGCUGGCCCAGCAAAAGGAGAUGGAAGAGGCCGCGCAGAAGCACCGCCGUGCCUUCGAGGACAAGUGCAGGCAGGAAGAAAAGCUUCUGGCUACGGUGGCGGCAACGAACCGAGAGAUGGAGGUGCAGCGCGAGGAACUGCAGCGUGUAGCGACUCAACAGAAGAAGGAGGCUGAGGUGGCAGCAGGCGCGGCCGAAGAUCUGCGACACCGCGAGGAUGAGUGCCAGGCGCUUCAAGCAGAGCUCCGGCGUGCCAAGGAGGAGAAGGCGGCUAAUGAGCGCGAUCUCGCAAAGCUGCGUGACGCCUCUAAAGGCAGUGGUAGCUGUGGUAAUGCAGCUGCUACGGCGGUGGCGGUAGUUGGAGGUAGCAAUAGUACCAACAGCAGCGGCGGCCUCGAAUGCUGCAAAGGGACGACGGAUCCNCCAAGGAGGAGAAGGCGGCUAAUGAGCGCGAUCUCGCAAAGCUGCGUGACGCCUCUAAAGGCAGUGGUAGCUGUGGUAAUGCAGCUGCUGCUGCAGCAGCUGCUACGGCGGUGGCGGUAG